AUGCAAACACAGCGUAACGAACUAUCACAGGAUCAUGGAGAGCUGGAGUAUCACAUACCAGCACGGUAUGAUGAGACACGCCCAGCAUUCAUUUUCACUACUACGACAUAUGGCAUCAACAUAAACGAUCACCCGUUAGGCUCCCAGCUGCCUAAGGCAAGCCAAGAUCAGACUUUCUUGUCACCCUCUUCCGAUUUCUUUACCUCUAUAGUCUGCCACCCAGAAAGUCCUCGAGAGUUGGCCGAUUGGAUCUACACCGACCGUCCACAGCUCCAUAUCCAUGCUGCUCUCUUCCAGGAUGCAACCCUGCUCACAAUCAACUAUUUACAUACCUUUUCUGAUGCUAUUUCACGGACCAACUUCUUCGAGGCUUGGAUAGCUGUUCUUCGUGGCCAUGAAGAAGAGGUGCCAGCCUUUAUUCCUUAUGACCAUGAUCCUCUAUAUACGUUGGGCAAAGAAGCCCCUAGACAGAGCUACCGCAAUCUCGGACGACUAUUGAGCGGGCUCAGCCUUGUGAUCUUUGGGCUUCGGUACAUGUUCGAGAUUCUGUGGUCCCCAAAGUUGGAAGAACACCCGAUCCGCCUUCCGGGACGGUGCGUGGACCAAAUGAGGAAAACUGUACUACAGGAGCUGGCUAUUACUGCUCCGAGGGGAGCAAAAACGCCGUUUGUGAGCGAGGGUGAUGUUGUGGUUGCCUGGUGGGUAAGGACAAUGAUCAAAGCGUUGAAACCUGCACCGGACCGGACCAUCAUGGUGAUGAACGUCUUCAAUGUGUGGAAUCUUUUCCCGGAGUGGUUCCCCCAUGGCGCCGCAGGCCUCAUCGGCAAUUCAUUCUUCUAUUCCUACACGCUGCUUGUUGCAAGCAAGGUCCUCCAAGAUACCGACUUGAAGUAUGUGGCGUCCACGAACCGCAAGGCCCUCAUGGAGCACAGAACGAAGCAGCAAGUUGAGGCCAUGACUGCCAUCCAGAGAGAGAACUUUAUGAAAGCAGCGCCUGUGGUCGGAGAUUCGAAACUUCUCUUCAUGGCUGCUACUAAUCAGCACAAAGCUCGAUACUUUGAAACGGACUGGUCGGCGGCUGUUAUUGCCCCCGGCAUGCCCUUAAGUGGAAGGCCCCAUGCCCUCGGUCGACCAUCUUAUGUCAACGACAUUGAGUAUUGCCGAGGGUACCCAACUCGUAACAUUGUGAGAAUUAUUGGGAAAGAUGCUGGGGGUGAUUGGCAUCUUUUGUUCAAGGCUAGAGCCGGCGCAUGGCCGGUGAUUCACCAAGAGUUGCUGGACCUGAUCGAGACAGGCAAGCAGGAUUGA